CCAAAAUCGCUCGCUGCAAGUGCGUUUGAAUCACAUGAGGUAGAUUACUGAAACAUUACACUACUGUCACUUGAGAGACUUAGCAAGCGAAGUCGGAGAAUGAGCUGAAAUGACAGCGAAUGUAGAGACGAGACGAAGAAAACUCGGGGCAGAUACAGAAAAACAAGAACCCAUUGUAUCUCUUUCCUCCGAUCUUUUGGAGGAUCAUAAUGGAGUUGGAGUUCAUUUCCCAUGCGGUGACAGGGUUUGUGUAGCUCAUGUGCACUCAGAUGCUGGUGAUGGCGCCCAUACAUCUAAACAACCCAAGAGAACAUGCAGUCUUGGUGAUGAAACCUGGGACGAGAACCCGUGCAAGACUACGAUAAGUGCAGAAAAUGAAGUGGAGGCACAAAAACUUGCAAAUAAUUAUAAGUUUGGAUUCAGGAAAUGGAAAAGUCAUGUGACAGAGCGACCCCUGGAAGAGAGAUCUGAUGUUGUGAAGGAGCUUUACUCUGAGCUAAACGUUAUUAAACCUUACUCAGUGGGUUCAUUGUUCAAUGCUGGCAAUAUACUUUAUGUGUUCCUGUUUGGCUGGUGGAUUUCCCUGGUUUAUGUUAUUGUUGGUGUCCUAAUGUUCCUCACAGUUAUAGGAAUACCAUACGGGAAACUCUGUUGGAGAUUGUCCUGCUAUUUUCUGUGGCCAUUUGGGAAAGCCAUUCAAAAGGUCGAUGUUUCAGUGCCAACACUCAGUGUGAUGAUCUUCCAGGAUGGCACUUCUGUAGAGGCAGAGGAGGAUGGAAAGCCAUCUUCUCUGUUACUGCCAACACCCGUGGAGGAGCCCAUAGAUGAAUCGACAGGAAAUCUACAGGAGGACCGCUAUUGGUGUCAUGUGAGCACAUACGUGUGGCUGUUGGUGGGUUACCCUAUCCUGGCCCUCACACACUCUUUAGUGUGCUUGAUCUCCUGGCUGCUGGUUUUUACAAUCCCUGUUGCAAAGAUGAGCGCCAAGACCUUACACAGCAUCUUGCUCGUAAACCCUGAAUAUAUUCAUAUUAGCCAAGUCACAGAGGUUCAGGAUGAGGAAGACCAAGUCAUUCUGUGCUGCUAUCAUGCAGUGAACCUCUACUAUUAUAAGUACACAGUGGAUGGGAUCAAUGUUUUUGCUGUUAAUCUCUUACCAUUAGUUAUAGUGUCACUAGUGAUUGGUUAUGUUGACCAAACAAACCAGUUUGCUAGUUCUGAAGUCAAAUUUGCCACAGCCGUCAGCUCCAUCAUCCCUCUCUCCUAUUACAUUGGCAUGGGCAUCGCUAGUAUAUCCGCUCAGAGCAACUUUGCUGUCGGUGCCGUGGUGAACGCUACGUUCGGCUCCAUCACGGAGUUAACCUUUUACAUCACAGCCUUGGUCAGAGGUCACCGUCAGAAAAAUACAUGCCUGCAGGAGAUCGUAAAAGCGGCUCUUACUGGGACCCUGCUGGGCUGCAUACUUUUUAUACCAGGGAUAUGUAUGAUAAUCGGAGGCAUCAAGCACAGGGAACAGAGGUUUAACAGUCGCUCAGCAGGUGUCAGCUCCUCUCUGCUCUUUAUAUCAAUAGGAGGAGUGUUUGCUCCCACUCUCUUCUCUAAAGCUUAUGGGAAUCUAAUAUGUGAGGACUGUACCAACUCUACAAGAUCUAACAGCACUGGAUCCUUCACAUGUAAAAGCUGUCACUAUGACCUGAGUGAAAAUAACUACAGCCUGUUUCACAGUCACGUUGAGCCUCUGGUGUACACCGUUUGUGUUCUCCUACCUGUGUCCUACAUCAUCGGCCUCAUCUUUACUCUCAAAACUCAUUCGUACAUUUAUGACAUUCAUGUUGGUGAUGGAACUGGUGCAGGUCAUCUAGGAGCAUCAGUGCACUGGUCCCGCUGGAGAUCUUUACUCAUCCUGAUCAUCGCCACAGUUCUGAUGUCUGCCUGUGCCGAUCUGACCACUGAACACAUUCAGCCUAUACUCAAUUAUCCAUCUAUAUCUCAGUAUUUUAUAGGUGUGACUGUUUUAGCCAUGGUUCCUGAAAUACCAGAAAUCGUCAAUGGAAUCCAGUUUGCUCUCCAAAAUAAAAUCAGCUUGAGUUUCGAGGUUGGAAGCUGCAUCGCUGUGCAAGUGUGCAUGAUUCAGAUACCGAUCCUGGUUUUAUUCAACGUCUUUUAUGAUGUUGGGUUUGUACUCCUCUUCAGUGACCUGCACCUAUGGGCCAGCAUCUUCAGUGUUAUUGUUGUCAACUAUAGUUUUAUGGAUGGAAAAUCUGAUUACUUUCAAGGUACUGCUCUGGUAGUGGUUUAUUUUAUCCUACUUGCACUGUAUUUCUUCGCACCCUCUCCUCCUGGAUGCUGAGAAUAUCAAACAUUGCAGCUCGCCGCAUUUAUGGUGUUUGAAACAAAAAACUAUGACAGAUUAUUGUAAGUUACUUUCAAUUUUACACUGUUCUAUUAACAAUUCAUCCUUUAGCAUAUCAUUGACAGUUCUUUUCACUUCUACAAUAAGGACUGGACCCAUUUCAGCACUUUAAUAUGUAUAUACUGUAGUCUUAGGUACAAAAGAAGGCUUGAGACAAUGAAAGAACUUAUGGAUUUAAUAUUUUACUAAAAAUAAUGUGCAAAAUAAAUUAUGGACUGUACAGAAAUAAUACAUAAAGGGGUAGUUCACCCAAAAAUAAAAAUUCUGUCAUCAUUUAAUUUUUAAAUGAUGACAUUUAAAAAUUAAUUAUUUUUGGGUGAACUAUUACUUUAAAGCUUUAUUUUAAUAUAAAACCUAUUAGGUGUUUUACAAAAGAAAGAGAUUAUUUUUAGUUUAUGUUCUAGUAAAACUAUCAAGUUGGUACUUAUGGUCCAUCAAUACUUGAACUUCAUUUAUUUGAAACCUUACAGCUAAUGUUUACAUAUAGAAAAGCCAUAUUUUGAUGGUAUUUGUAUUAAUGAAUAGAAGUGUGUGUGUACCUACUGUACAGUAUUGUGUGUUGUUCACCAUCUAUAAUAUGGUAUGAAUUUGUACAGGUGUAUGUGUAUAGAUGUCUCAUUUAACUGUAUUUAAUACUUUAUUUUCUAAAUAUUUCUGACAAAACAUUAUUGCAUUUAAAGGCGGGGUGCAUGAUCUCUGAAAGCCAAUGUUGAUAUUUGAAAUCACCUAAACAAACACGCCCCUACCCCAACAGAAUCUGGACCUUCUUUUAACUCUUUCCCCGCCAGCAUUUUUUAAAAAGUUGCCAGCCAGCGCCAGCAUUUUUCAUGAUUUUCACAAAAGUUGAAUGCCUUCCAGAAAAUGUUCUUCUUUAAAUAUAUAAACAAACAAUAUAUCAGAUGAAAGAACAGACCCUCUGCUUUCAAAAAAAAAAAAACGACUUUUGAUAGAGAUCAAAUGCAGAACGAUCUUUAAAACAUACACAGAGUUCUUUCUCUUUCACGUGAGGCGCUACUUCCGGGUUGUAUAAGUUGCGGUAUUGCGGAAAGACGGAAAACCGGGAAGCGUUUUGUGAAAGAGUUAAUAAUCCCAACCAACACAUACACAAUAACAAUGUUGGUUAGUAGACAUGCACCUUACUGCUGAUUGGCUACAAGUGUGUUUUUCAAAAAUCACUCACCCCGCCUUUAAAAGGAUGAAUCUUACUAAGUAAAGCAAAUGGAUAUGUUACAUUAUAUUGUCCUGAAGAUGUAUUAGUAUUAAUAAUUGUGAUAUUUGUGCAUUACACUUCCUAGUGUUCAACUCAGAUAUUACUCAGACUGCCUUUAACAUGUCUGUUACGCAAAACACAAUAAAUACAUUUUGACUUUUAGACUUUUAGUUUGUCUGCUGGUACAGAGCAAGGCAACAACACUUAAAAUCAUUGAAUACCCAUUUUAAACAUACACAGUAGAUCUAAAUUCAGGUCAUAUACUGUAUGCUAAAAUCUUCUGCCUUUUUCUGUUUCCCUGUCUUUAUCACAUAAUGAUAAUACAUUAUACAAUAGAAAAUAUAUCAUUAGAUUUGUCCAACAUUUUAAAGAAGGUAGUCAAAGUAUCAAUUUAUAUUGUGAAAAAUAUAUAUUACAUUUUCAAAAUGCAAAAGCUAACAAAAAUGACUUGGAGUAUAUGUAAUAAAGUCUCUUUCACCCUAUUGU